AUGUGGCUUCCAUGGACGGUCAACACUGAGCUCCUCAGCGGCUAUGCUGGAGCGGCCCUGCUCUGCGCUACGCUGGCCCAAUGGCUAUAUUCACCAGGGCUGGAGAUAUAUUCGGAGAUUUUAUGCUGGGCUAUUCUGCCCAUCUUGAUAAGAUGCCAGAAGAAACCAGAGCAUGGAUCAUUGUUAGGGCCGGCAGUCUAUGGGGAACCGACUGCACCAUCAUCGCCCUCAUCGUCGCAAUGGAUCUUUGCUGCGGGCAUUGCCGCAUUUUCAUUCAUUAAGAUGGAAACGGGGGCAAUUCAAUUUUUGCCAAUAUUGACGCCUCUUCUUUUGGCGACUCAGAGAUGGUUAGGAUCUGUUUCCAAAUUACCGGCUGGCCCAUUUUUACUUUUUAUGAACACAAUUUGCGGAGCCUCCCUUAUUUCUCUUUUUACCAUAUUCACUUUCUCAGAUUGGAGCAUUCAGGUAUCUCUAUCCUCUAUUAUUUUAGCGGCUGUUUUGUUUAUUGUAUACGCUGCUCUAUUGCCAAAAGGUGGAACGUUUUUGUGCCUUCCAUCUACCAACUUUGAACGCGCCAUACGACCUCUUUCGCCCCGAAUUGUUAUCUUGCUCUUUUAUAUGCUGUGUCUAUCUAUUAUUUUCACUGGAUUUGCUAGAGUCAACCUGAUUCAUAUGCUUCUUUUAGGCCUGCUAAAGGCCUUGUCUUGGUACUUCACAGCCAAAGUGGCUCAAAGUACAUCUUGGGUUAUAGCCACCACUAUUACUACAUUCUCAAUUGCAUCUACGAGUAAUCUUUCCAACAAGGCAUCUGAUGCUGAAGCCGCUACUUGGAUCUUAGCCGCAGCCAUAGCGCUUGCUCAAGUCAUUUCAUCGCUACCAAAGCAAGCGAAAUAUAAAUCGCUAUUAUGGAUAUUUGGCUUAAUCUCAUUUCUACCAUUUUUAUUAAACCUUUGGAUGAUUCGCGACUUGCAACAGUCCUCCAAGGUCUAUGGCCCCGAACAAGAGCAUCCUGUUGAAGCUCUAGUACGCAACAGUAAUAUUUAUUUUAAGAAUCUUCUUCAAAAGCAGUCUAAAAAUUAUCAGCAAGCUGUCACGGAAUACCAGCAUCGAUACGGGGUUAAACCUCCGCCUGGAUUUGAAGCUUGGUAUGAAUUCGCAAUUAGUCGCCAAUCGCCUAUAAUCGAUGACUUUGACGGUAUAUAUCAGGCUAUCCUGCCACUUUGGAACCUGAGCGGACAACAAGUACUUGAAAUAAUGAACCAAGUUUAUUCUUUUCCUAAAAGCGAGAUGUGGUUCUGCAUGUACUAUGGCGCAUACGCCCAAACACGGUGCAUGCACUCAGAUCGAAUAUACGACAGACAUAUUGAAUAUCAAUUUGAUAGACUACUACUGGGCUUCAACGGCGUUCUUCCCGACAUUAGAUUUCUCUUCAAUCAUUUUGAUGAACCGCGCAUUUUGAUGCCCACAUGGGAGGUAGGAAAGGCUGAUUCCUAUCCAUCGUUUAAUGUUAGAAACAUGUCGCAGCAACCUAUCUGGGAUGAAAUCACAAAGUUUUGCGCGUCUACAAAGAAGCUGAACAUUGCAGAAGAGAUAAAGAUUCCCACAGAGGUAUUUGAUAUGUCUUUCGUCACCAACCGCUCUUCUGCCAUUGAUCUCUGUGAGCACCCAGAGUACCGCAACAUGCAUGGCUUAUUUAUGAGCCCAGUAACUUUUUCUUUGGUCGAGGGACUUGUCCCAGCUCUUUCAACUGGUUCGCCUUCGACAAUGGGAGACAUUUUAUUCCCCAGUCCAGCAUAUAUCGAAGAAGAAUUUACAUAUGACGACACGAGAGAGAUUAGCUGGGAAGAGAAGAAGAAUAAUCUGUACUGGGCCGGGUCCACAACCGGCGCAUUCGCUUCAAGUGCAGAUUGGCCACGUUACCACAGACAAAGAUUUGUAAAACUGGUGCAGAAUGCAGAGCGCCAGCAGCAUUAUUACUUGCGGCAGAUCGGCGGAAUAAUGCAGCGUGUUGCAUCCUCGUUUCUAAACGGACGAUUGUUUGAUGUCUCUUUUACACGAAUAUUCCAAUGCGACCGAAAAUACUGCAGAGAUCAAGCGAAGACCUUUAAAAUUGGUAGAUGGGCUGAUAAAGACAAAGCCCUUCAAUCGCGACUGGUCUUUGAUCUCGACGGAAACGGCAUUAGCGGACGCUACUAUAAGCUGCUGGCAUCAAAAUCGGCACCGUUGAAGCAAACACUACUCAGAGAGUGGCACGACGACCGUCUCGUGCCAUGGGUCCACUAUAUUCCCGUUAGCCAAAGUUUACAAGAGUUACCAGAACUUGUCUUCUACUUAACAUCGACAGAAUCUGGUCAACAACGGGCUAGAGAAAUCGCAGAACGGGGGCGGGAUUGGUUUUUUAAGGCGCUGCGAGAAGCUGACAUGUCUGUAUAUACAUAUCGUCUAUUGUUGGAACUCGCGAGACUGCAGGAUCCGAAUAGACCAGCGGGGCUUCCUGCUGCUGAGUAG